GAUCGUAGUUGUGUUCCGUGUCAACGAAAAUAGUAGCUGGCUAGCUACUCUAGUACUUGGCCACCACAUAACUUUGUCUAAAAACACUUUCUUCCAGUAGCUCGCUUCCCUUCACUGUAUACGUUAUUUACCCCAAAAGCAGGCUGUUUUUAGCAGAAUAACGAAUUGGAGUUAACGUGCUAUCAGAGUAUCUGAACUUUCGAGAAGAAUUUCAGCUAGCAAACUGCAGCUGGCUAACGCGUUAGCAUAACUUGAUCGCUUGCUUGGCCAUUCGAGAUCUAAAAAGUCGUCGAUAACUACAUUUAUUAACUUAUUUGAGGUGUCGUGGACCACUUGUUCGUCAAUCAAGCAUAAACUGCAAGCAUUUGUUAGUAGCUAGCUACCGUUGCUAUUUAGACGAGGAUUACAGAGUUAGCUAGCCCCAGUCACCUGAAUACUAUUAUUCUUCGGAAGACAUGAACUCCAAUGUAGAGAACUUGCCGCCCCAGGUUCUGCGUCUGGUGUACAAAGAGGUGUCUGCACUAGCUGCAGAUCCCCCUGAAGGCAUCAAGAUCUACCCCAGCGAAGAAGACAUCACAGAACUCCAUACAGCCAUCGAGGGACCAGAAGGAACCCCGUUUGCCGGGGGUGUUUUCCGGAUGCGACUGGUCCUGGGGAAGGACUUCCCUGCUGCACCACCGAAGGGCUACUUCCUAACCAAGAUCUUCCACCCUAAUGUGGGCCACAAGGGAGAGAUCUGUGUCAACGUCCUGAAGAGGGACUGGAGGGCAGAGCUGGGACUCAGACAUGUAUUACUAACUAUCAAGUGCCUUAUGAUCCAUCCCAACCCUGAGUCAGCUCUCAACGAGGAGGCGGGGCGUCUGCUCCUGGAGGACUAUACAGAGUAUGCGUCCCGUGCUCGCCUCCUGACUGAGAUCCAUGCCAUGGGGGGGCACGGGGGGACGUCAGGGGUGCCCCAGGACCCCGCCGAUGGCCCCCUGCCAAAAAAACAUGCAGGGGACCCUACCAAGAGGGCGAUGGGGCCAGGGGUUGCCCCCUCUGCUGCUCUGGGUAACGGAGCCAAUGGAAGCAGUACUACCUCCAGCAGUAGUAGUAGCAAUAGUAAUGUUGUAGGGAAGAAGAAAACUGAUAAAAAGCGAGCGUUGAGACGACUCUAAUGCUGCUUGGAGUCUUCUGUGUGUGUGUGUGUGUGUGUGUGUGUGUGUGUGUGUGUAUACUGAAUAUUGUUCCCCUCUCCCAGACUCUUUCUAUACCCCUGACUCUGUACUGUCCCUUUUGUACUCAUUGCAUCUGGUAUCCCUGUUCAUUCCUUAUUGCCAUAUAUUCUCCCAAUCCCCUGUGGAUAAAUCCAUUUGCAUUCAAUUACUUUUUGACAGCACUUUUUUUGAUUUGAAUGAAACCUUCCGUACAUAUUUGUCUGUUGUAGAAGUGCUCAGAAAGUGAAUGUCAAAACACAAAAGAUAAAGGUGCUCAAAUUUGACCCCUUUUGCAUACCCCACCACACAAUGAGACAUCCAUGUCUACAUCACUGGAAAAGAUAAACGGUUGAGAUUUGAUAUGUUUUAAAAGCUUGCAAACAGGGUUGUCAGACUAUUUAUUUAGUCAUUUCUUGUUUGGGUGGGGUAUGCAAAACGGGGCAACUUUGAGCACCUUUAUCUCCUGAAUGUUUUUGGCAUUUCGGUCGAGAAAGUCACUUUCUGACCACUUCUUCCAUGGGAAAACAUGUAUGUAAAGUUGUUUAAAAACAAAAGGGAUGUUGUGAAAAAGUGACUGAAUUCAAAUAGGUUCACCGCUAUGUGUUAGUUCUCUCCAUGGUUCCUCACUGUCAUGAUCUGAGAAAGGUUUUAUUGUGUUUCAUACACAGCACUAGUGAUUGUGUGUGUCAUACAGUAGCUAGACUGUUUGAGCUUCAGUCUGACUCAUCUCCCCUAUCUGAAAUUAGGCUUCUUUGUGUUCAGUGUUCACUAAACAAAAUGUCUUAGAUAUUUUGCAAAAACAGAAAAUGCCUCUUUCCCCACCCCCUUCUUGACAUGGCUCCUGUUGCUGAAAUGGUACUGUGUACUGCCCAGCUAGCUCGUGUUGGGAAACUGGUGAGAUGUUUUGUCAUGUUUGAGUUGAGUUACCUUAUAUGAAAUCAGGUUGUCGUAAGGGUGGAGGAGAUUAUGCAAUGUUUUUUGAUUCAUAGAGUGAAACAAAACAUGAUGAGAUGGUCAUUCACUGGGUAGUCAAAUGAGGAAGCAACAAUGAGAAGUUUUCCUAGAAAAUGUUUGUCUAGUAGUGGUCGAAAUGAGAUGGACACGAAGGGAGCAACAUUUGGUCUGAUUAUUACUUUUAAAAAUGAUUUCACCCCUAUUUUUUUGUAAAUGUUUAUCCCCAUGUAUGACUAUUCUGUUUUUGCAUUUUUACAAAAUUGUCAUUGUUUAUUCAUUGUCCAGUAUUUGCAAGAGUGGUUUUAAAGUGACAUGUCUAUAUUCAGAUGUCUUGGUGUGUGUAUGAAGUAGGUUAUUGUCCAUACAGGAUUAGGUUAGGGUGCAGGAUUGUGCAUAUCAUUGAUUAUUAAUUAUAUCCCAUAUAUAAUUAUGGAUAUUUAUUUAUAUGGUCAUAGCUACACAUCUGGUCUUUAGUACUAAUUUGCCAAUAGUGUACUUGUGAACCUUUAUUGUUAAACGUUUUUAAUUUGAUUUGUAUGGAUCAAAUACCUGCUCCGGUCGUAUGCACUAUCCAGCUCCUAUCCUGUUCCCAUAUGGGCCAGAUUUGGGAAAAACGAUGUAUUUGUCAAUAGGGAAGCCUCAGCAGAUUUGAUAGAAAGGAACUCCCCAGUCGAUGAUCUCCUCUGGCUGGGUUUCCCGGGCAUGUUUUCUCCCUCCGUUCUAAAUGCAUGUUGGCACCUACAUUUCCCAGGGAAACAAUCAACAGUUGUCUUUUACUUCGGUGGAAAAAGGUGCCUGGGAAACAGUCAUUGUGCGAUACUUAACGGGUGGGUAUUUUUGUGUCCAUUUUAAGUUAUUUAAAUUAAUAAAUUAGAGAUAUUUGGGGAAAAAUGUA